ACGAAUUUCGUGAUGGCGACUUGCAUUUGAAAAUUGAACAUAGAUAUUUUGAGUUCUAUACUUGUAUAAGUAUUGUGUAAUCAAAAAAUAAUUUCGGACCUCGGAAUGUUUUUCCAUUUGUGCUAAAAUUGGUGCAACGUAUUAAUUAAUAUUAUAGAUUUUAUCCAAAGUUUUCAUCAUGUAUUUGAAGUUUAUUUUUCUUGUUUUUGUUAUUGGCUCGACAUUAGUCUCGGCUUCUUAUGAAGACAAGAGAUGUAAAUGUGUCUGCCCUAGUCCAGCAGCCGUAUUAAACAAUACAGUUGGUUCAGAUCGUAAAUUGUACAUUGGUAAUGUGCCUCCAAACAAAUGCAACUGUGAUGGAGUAAUUUUGCCUCGUGUGGGUGAAAUCAUAAAUGGCAGAGAACAAGAGUUUUGUCCCAGAUGUGAGUGCAAAUAUGAAAAUAGGAAUACAACUAUAAUCAAGGUAGUUGUAAUUAUUGUCAUCUGGGUAAUCAUGCUGCUUGUGGCGUACAUGGGAUUCCUGAUUUGCCUCGAUCCACUCAUCAACAAAAGGGCUAAAGCUUCUUACCAAGAGCACACCAAUGAAGAUGAUGAGGGUUCUAUAAGUGGACCUUCGCAGCAAAUGGGCUCUCGAGGAAAUGUUCUCAAUCGUGUGACUCAUCAACAAGAUAAGUGGAAGAGACAGGUACGGGAACAGCGGCGUAACAUAUAUGAUAGACACACAAUGUUAAACUAGAGCUCUUGUAAUAUGUACCAUGGAGGAAAUUGAUUCACAGGCAGUUGACAGACCCACAUGUCGGAUCAUGUCAAUUCAAUGUUAAUAGUGAUCUGUUGGCCAGGUUUGACAUACCGCGAACAAACUACGUAGGUCCCCCAUGAAUCAACUUCUCUGAUAGUACUUUCAGAGAAAUUGAUACAUAGGCUAAUAUUGAACUCACAUUAUUUAAUCGGUUCAUGUUAACAGUUGACAAUAAUUGACAUAAUCCGACACAAUCCAGAUAAAGUAGGUCCUAAAGCCUAUGAUAUUUCUCUUAUGGUAUAUUGUAAUGACUAGUAAAUUAAUACAGAACAACAAUUCCCUAACCAAAUACUUUGUGAUUUUCAAAAAUCAAUGGGAAUAUUUAAAAUUGAGAAUUAUGUAUGAAUCCCAAAAAAUAUAUUUUAGUUUUAAAUCAUAAAUGAUACAUUAUUGAUGUAAGUAUAUUUUAAAGUCAGAUUGGUAGCUAAGCUUUUGUAUUGAUGGGCAAUAUUACAAAAAUAAAAAAUAUGAAGAACUGCUUGGCCAAUAUAAGAUCUCAAAAACUGGGGGAUAUAUUGAUUUCAAUUCGAGAUAGGUUCGAAUUUUAACUGGCCUUCUAUCAUUUUUAAAAAUACUACAAUAGUUAUCAUAAAAAUACAA